AAGGCAUCCAGAUUCAGUGUGCACAAAUCAUCAGACUUGCAAAUAGUUUUGUCACUUUCUUGGCUGAGUUUCUGGCUGUCAGAUAGUUUCAGCUGUGCACAAACCACCUGGUGAGGUUUCCACAGCCGCAGCCGCUCGGUCUAACAUGGCCAACGAUCUGAAAAUGCUCCUGGAGUCUUCACUGAAUGAGAUCUUUAAAGCGACAGUGAGCGACAUUCUGGACUCAGUGGACAGGACCCUGUCCGAGUACCAGGGCAAAAUACAGAGGAUCGAGUCCGAAAAUGAGGGCCUGAGACGGCUGCUGUUUGCAGAGAAGAGCGCUGCGGAGUCUGCUGCUAGAGAUGUACACAAACAAGAUGCCGCUGAAAACUGUGCAACCUCAGAAUGGAGCAAUCUUUCCAUCAGCUCCUCCCAGGGCAUGUUCGCCACAUCAAUAUGCAGCAGUGACAAGAAGAGCUCCAGGAGGAGGCACAAAGACAAGAUGAGGGAGCGUGUAUCCUCUGCUUCUUUUGUGCUGCAGACUAAUCACAUAGCAGAACAACCAUGUGUGAACACGUCAGAGGUAGGUUUGUCCACCCAAACCUUGAUAUCCAUAAAAACGGAGCCUGACCUGGAUGACAGCGGCGCUAUGGACCUCUCCCAGCCUUCAUCCCUUCUCAAUCUGACAAUGAAGCACAUAAAAACCGAGAGCACAGAGGUCAGUUACGACAGUUGUGAUGCAUAUGCACCUCUGCCGCCAUCUUCAGGCGUUGGACAGGAUUCCAGAGAUAGUGACAAUGCUGUUAAAGUCACCAUUGUUUCUGACAGCUACAUGGUGAAGGAUGAGGAUGGACACUUUAUUAAGACAGAGGAAGAGGAGCAGAAUGGGGUCUUGCAGUAUGGUGACGAUGACAAAUCAGAGAGGCAUGCAUUGACAUAUUACACUGAAUCAGAAAUUGAUCCUGAGGGAACGAGCCGACAGGUUGUGAAGCCAGAAGUAAAAAGGCAGGAGGAAAAUAAUUCACCUGCUGUUCCUGCAGAUGAGUUUUUGGAGAUUUGUGACAACUUUUUGCGCUGUCCCAUCUGUCCCAAAACAUUUAGUCAAGCAAACUCGCUUAACAUCCACAUCAAGACUCACAGCAGUGAGAAGGCCCACUGCUGCAGCUACUGUGGCAAACGCUUUAGCCGGGCUGACCUCCUCAAAUCCCACAAGCGUACCCACACAGGAGAAAGGCCCUAUAGCUGCAACAUCUGCACUAAAACAUACGCACAUCCAAGUCAGCUCAGGAUACACAAACGCAUCCACACUGGAGAGAAGCCGUAUUCCUGCUCCCACUGCGCAAAGCGCUUUAACGAGCACAACCAGCUCAAGGUCCACUUGCGGACUCACACUGGGGAGAGGCCUUACAGUUGCCAGGAGUGCGGCAAAACUUUCAGUAAUGCAGGAAACCUGCGUAUACAUGAGAGGAUCCACACUGGGGAGAAGCCAUACUGCUGCGCUCAGUGUGGGAAACGGUUCAAUGGCUUGGGUGACCUCAAAACACAUUACAGGAUUCACACUGGAGAGAGGCCCUACAGCUGUGAGCUGUGUAAGAAGACUUUCAGCCAGGCAGGCCACCUCACCAUACACAUGCGGAUGCACACAGGAGAAAGACCCUACAGCUGCAAAGAGUGUGGCAAGAAGUUCACGGUGGCCAGCAGCCUUAAACUGCACCAGAGGACUCACACAGGAGAGAAGGAGUACAGCUGCUCAUACUGCAGCAAGAGCUUCAGCAGGUCAGGCCACCUGAAGCGACACGAGCUGGUCCACACCAAAGAGAAGGUCUUCCUCUGCAGCCUGUGUGGCAAGACCUACACUGACCAAUCCUCCCUUAAAAAGCACCUAAAGAUGCACGCAGCCAAGGAGCAGAAAGCUCAGAGCGAGGCUGAAACAAACCCAGUCAGACCUUCAGGUUCUGAGACACUUUUUCGACACUGUUAAAAAUUCCUUGGAGAUGAAUAAUAUAGAAGCUGCUGCAAUAGGAGUACCCACACACAGAGUUAGAGCUCCCGUCAAUUUUAUUGGCUGGUUUUGUCAGGUAGGUUUGCCUGAGGAAGACCUGUAGUAGGUCAAAAUGUUGCUAAUAAAAUUAAAGGAAGCUGUGAUUCUUGUGUGCAGAUACUCCUUGUAUUGCAAUUUAAUUGAUUUUUGUAUCCAGCACCUAACCCACUGAGGUUUUGUGCAUGUGCACAUGACUACUUUGAUUUGUGAUAUAAAAGCUGUAUGUGGUUUUACAAAAAUAUGAAAUAAUCUUAAAUCAAGGUCCACUUACUAGAUUUCUUUUUUUUUAGCUUUCAACCACAUCUUAUGGCUUACAUCAGCAGAUGGAGUUUGCUCAUUUGUCAAACACAACUCUAGUCUCACCCUGCCCUAUUCAUACCCCCCCAUAUACACCCAAUUGUUAUUAAUGUCACAAAUGACAACUGAGCAAACUCUGUUCAAGGAUGUAGUGGUUGGUGAGACCAAAAACAAAAAGGCAAGGGGCUGCGUUGGUGGGGGCGGGUUGCUUCAGACGCCUCUGAGAUAAUGAAAUACAAUAAGUGAGUUACAUUAGAGUAACAGAUCAAUGAUUUCAAAGGCACAUCAGACUGACUAGUUUAUAAUAUUAUGAAGAAUGAAUUUACAAUUCUAGAAAGUUGUGGCAAUCGUUUUAAACAGUAUGAACACAGCAUUUACAUUACAAAGCAACCUACCAGGAAUGUGUGCUUGCACGUAUUUGAUUGGCCAACACAGCACCUUGCUGGAUGACCCAGGCUCAGUGCCAGAGCUGUCAAUGGGGUGUCCCCUUUAAAUGAAUGAGGAAGGGGAGUUUUUUCACACUGCUGUCUGAAUGUGACCUAAAAGGUUGUACGCUGUGGUUGAAAGCUUCAGUAAAAAACCUGUAAGUGGACCUUGAGUGAAGAUAAUUUGUGAAACUACUGUUCCCACGGUCACAAAUGAACUUUCACACUCAAACCUCUAUGUGAUGUUUGUGGUACAGUGCAAUACACCGUUAUAUUGCUGUGAUAUAAUAGGUCAACAUAUUUACCAAUAGUGUAUGAUAAAUUAUUUAAAUUUUAUUGAUAAACUCUAAUAUUCUCCUUGUAGUCUUCCCUCUCACAACAAUGUAAGAGUUAAAGACAGAAGAUGGGACCCUAAAAGAACAAGUUCUUUUAAACUUGCUACAGAUUUCCAAAAUGUUGGUGAUACAUUUUGCAAGAAAAGACAUUUUCAUACAUCCAAUGAAGUGUUUUUGAGGAAGUUACUAAAUCCCAGAUCCAGUUUUCUGUUCUGCAACUAUUCCUGACCUUUGAACUCUCUGUAAAGACGACAAAAGUUCCCCCACAAGUUUUCAUUAAAUAACAACAAUGUUGUUUUCGAAUAAAAUUGCUUCUACACACAUUUAUACACUUUGUAGUAGCCAGAGGUUUAGAAGUGUGUGCUCCACCAGAUAUUCUCAGUGCAGAUUAUUAAUAUAAUGCUGUAUAUAGCUUUAACUCUACAGUCAGCGGUUGGAGCCAUUGACUUGACAAGAAUGCAUUAAUGUAAUAAUGUUGCUGAAAAUUAUUUUAGUGCACAUAUUCAGUACUAAUUGACCAGCUUUCAAUAGAAAAUCAAUUAUUGUUUUGGAAGCCGUACUGAUCUCAAAGAAUGUCGAGCUUCUAGAUUUGUUGUAGGUUGUUCACUGUACUACCAGGAAAUGUGUCCUGACAUUAAUUAUGACACACAGGAGUAAAAGUUCUUGUUUUGAUGAUACGGCUACUGUUUGUUGUGGCAACUGGUUGAUAUACCUGCAUAGCAAUUAAACUGAGUGUUUGCUACUAGGAGGUCAUUGUGACUUAGUUUUGUGCAAUUUGUGUCUCAAAAAUAAAGAGAGCAGUAAUCCAAUA